AUUCCUUGGUGUAUUUUUAUUAAGAGAAUGGAUUGUACAGAAUAUACCAUUGGAUGUUCCUGCGAUUGAAGAAGAAGAGGAAGAGCAACAUCAACAACAAUUACCUCAAGAACCUGUUUUUCAUCCCAUGCUCGAACAACAAGAAGAGCAUGAACAGCAACAGCCUAGACAACCUAAUCCCCGAUUCGAUAGUUUAUUUGAUGUACAUUGGGACGAUGAUGAGAGACCUCCCUCUCCCAUCGCUAUGCAACAAGAGGAAACUUGGUAUGAAGGUGAAUCAUCCGUGUUUACCGAUAAUGGUGAUAAACCAACACGAUCUGCAUCUAUGCCGCCCACAUUUUCAAGCUCCUCUUCGUCGUCGUUUCAUUUUGAGGGGGACGAAGACGCAUUUCAUACGUUUAAUUUACGUGUAGGGGAACAAUCCGAUUACCGAAGAUCGGCUAGUAUGGAACCGUUUAUUGACACAUCCACUACACAUUAUCAAGCCACAUCACCGCAUCAACAGCAGCUCCAAGAGCCUGCUAUCAUUCACCGUGGUCAUCCUCCUCAUGCUCCUAGAAUGAGACAUGCCGAAGCUCCCGUACCUAUUCGACCCAUCCCGGAAGAAGAAGAAGAUGAACCUGUGAUUGCUCCAGUAGUAUUGGAACAAGAAGUAUUGGAUGGACGUAAUAAUAAUGAUAAUGAUGGCGGAGAAGAAGAAGAAGAGAAUGUAGAGGAAUUCGAAGGUGUAUUGGAAGCCAUUGGUAUGAAUGGCAGUAUAUGGUCACUCAUGCAAAACUCUGCAUUAAUGGGAUUAUUAAUUGCGCUUAGUUUGGGUGCUGCUGUAUGGAUACCAUAUCUGAUUGGCAUUUCCUUUAUUAUUACGGAAACGUUGGAUAUUAUACGAGUGCCAUUAAAAUUGACACGGUUGAUUACGGACCCUUUGAUUGACUUUUUGUUUAUGGUAUGUGCCGAUUAUAUUUGGCCAGUAUGUAUGGAACAGUAUGAACAUUAUGUUCAGCCCUUGGUGGCAUCGACAACAGUGUUUGAUAAAGUUGCGACUGCCUUUAAAACGGUGUUUGAAUACACCAAGGAUCAUGGACUCUUAUUUGCAGAUUCAUCUCAUACAACUCUUUCCGAUACAGUGAGUGCAGCAACAGAAGGAACAGCCGCUGAUACAAUGAUGGAUCAUGGUAUUCAGUACAUGACCAAAUUCAUUAAUGACACGGAACCUUAUUUGGAGCAAGCGUUUACGCGGUAUCAACAAUUGGCAACGGGACAGACUGCCAUGGACCGAUUUGCGUGUAUUGCCGUUGGAUACAUGGUGAUUAUCUCUUUGGGUGCGUGGUAUCUAUCACGGGCAACACGUACAAUGUCUACGGCCACUUUUGGCCGUACAGCCCAAGAAGCACUUCGGCAUCAAGGACUUAUUUUCAAGGUUGGCAUGUUUGUUACGAUUGAACUGGUCUUGUUUCCGAUUGUAUGCGGGUUUUUAUUGGACCUGUCUACAAUGCCAUUGUUUAAGCAAGCGAGUUUUGGAGGAAGAUUAGGGUAUUUAUCCUCUCAUCCGAUUUCAUCUGUAUUCUUGCAUUGGUUUUUGGGUACAGGCUUUAUGUUUUUGUUUGCGGUGCUUGUAACCAUCUGUAGAGAUAUUGUGCGUCCUGGUGUAAUGUGGUUUAUUCGAGAUCCAAAUGAUCCACAAUUUCAUCCGAUUCGAGAAAUUGUUGAACGACCGAUAUUGUUCCAGUUUAAAAAGAUUGGUGGUAGUGCCUUGAUUUAUUUGACCGUGAUCUUAGUGGGUGUAGGCGGACUUGUGCAUGUCAUUCAUUCUUUGAUUCCUGAUAUCUUGCCUUUGAGAUGGAGUUUAUCUAAUCCGUUAUCUGUGGUCCCCAUUGACUUGAUUGUAAUUCAGGUGGGUAUCCCAGCCAUUGUCAAAUACUUUCAACCCAAGCAAACGAUCAAGCGAUUAUUUAUAAAGUGGAUGACAUGGACAUCUCGACAAUUACGAUUAACCUCGUUUAUUUUUGGGGGAAGAAAACCCGCCGAAGAAGGUACAUUGGUCUAUCAUAGCUGGUGGGCAUGGAUAACACGUAUGCAACCCAAUCAUUAUCCGGACGAAGGAAGCUGUCAAGAUAUCAUUGGGCCCCAAGUAUCAUAUCUAUGGGAUGGACAAUUAUUACGCGUACCUCGUCAUGAUAGUGUACCUAUUCUGGAUCAACGUCGUAUGCUUGUACCCGUCGACACCCAUGAUUUGCAGCCUGUAGAUGAAUUGGAGCGUAUCAUGGGACAUCCAGCCUCCAGUGCACCAGGUGGGGAUGAGGUAAACACGGUGAUUGUUUAUAGUCCACCCAAUUUCAAGCGACGCUUGAUUGUUUUUGUGGGAUUUAUGUGGCUUACCACUAGUAUGGCAUUCUGUGCUAUGACAAUUUUACCUGUCAUGUUUGGAAGAUAUGUGUUUGAAGAGAUGUUGGGAGUACAUAACGAAGUGCAUGACAUUUAUUCGUUUGUGCUGGGAGGCACCUUGUUGUUAUUGGUAGGAGCAUUUAUAGCACAAUGCUAUAAAUCAAUGUGUGAGGUAAUGCGACAACCAACGUGGAACGACUUUUUUGCGGUGCUUUUUCAACAUGCAGAAAAAUGGACUUGUUGGAGUUUAAGAUGGACAUGGUUUAUCAUGUCUUUUGGUGUGGUAUUACCAUUGGUGUUUGGAGCGUUGAUUGAAUUAUAUUUUGUGUUACCGUUAAGACAACUGGGACAGGAUUCACCUACAGUGGAAGUGAUGCCAAUGUGGUCGCAUGGGUUUGCUUGUAUGGUAAUUUUUCACGGCUUGAUUCAAGUGGCACCUGAUGCCACUGCAAGAAAUUUGAUCAAUAAUGUGUUCCGAGGUGGUAUUGGAGAAAUGGAUGUGGUUGCUAGUUUUAAAAAGUUGUUGGGACCUUUACUUUUUGCAAGUGGAGUAGCUAUUUGUCUUCCUUUUGUGGUUGCGUAUGUCAAUAUGAAGGUGGUUGCUCGUACAAAUCCCGAAUUAAGAGUCAAGUUGGUUCAGGUUGCCUAUCCUACAGCAUUGAUUGGUAUCGGAACUUAUUACCUUAGUAAGAUGGGUUCACAACUCAAAAGAAGAUUAACUCAAACCAUUCGAGAAGAUAACUAUUUGGUCGGUAGAACAUUACAUAACCUUGAUCAUUAAGUAAAAAAAAAAAAAAGAAGAGAGAAAAAGAAAGAGAGAGAGAGACAUAUUCCCCCCAUCCCCUACACACUCAUGUAUAUUCCAUUUUUUUUGAAAAAAAUAAAAUAAAGUAAAAUUGUUUACAGCAGUAAUACA